AUGACAUUCCGCCAGAAAGCUGUAGAGGUUUGGAAAGAGGUUGGUUUCUUGAGAAAACCUCAAUCGGCUAUCGAUGCAGGUGCCAAUGACUUUCGUCCGGUUUCAGGAUGGAAACCUUUCGUUCAUAUGGAACCUGGUGACAGGACCAUGUGGAUAAAUGAAGAUUUAGCUCCUACUCCACCUCAAAUGCGUACUUGGAGUUGGCUCACUUAUGUAUCUCUCUGGUGGGGAACCAACUACGGUAUCGGUGCAUGGACUGCAGGUUCCGCUCUUCUUACCUUCGGUCUGUCGUACAAACUGGUUAUCGCUGCCACCUGUGUCGGUCAAUUCCUCAUUGCUAUCGUCGCUGUCGGUUGUGCUCGUGUUGGAUCUCGAUACCACAUUGGUUUCCCAGUUUGGGCUAGGUCAACAUUCGGUAUGAACUUGUCUAAACUCUUUGUCGGUCUUCGUGGUUCCGUAGCUAUUAUUUGGUUCGCCGUACAAAACUAUUAUUGCGCCUUAAUGCUCGACAUGGCUUUGCUAGCUGUAUCACCCAACGGGUGGGGACACAUCGCCAACACGAUCCCCGAACACAUUCAUGUGACGACUAGACAAAUGGUAGCCUACUUCAUCUGUUUCUGUCUCCACAUGCCAUUCGCUUUCGUUCAUCCAAGUAUGAUCAAACUCAUCUUCGAACUCAAAGCUCUCUUCCUCCCCGUCGUUUCUUUCGGUUUCCUCGGUGGACUUAUUCAUCUUGCCGGCGGAUCCCUCAACUUCUCAGUGCUUAACGGUACCAUCGCCAAAGGUACCAGCGCACAAUCUUGGGCUUUCAUGUUGGGUAUCAACUCUUGUUUCGGUGGUAUCGCUCCCAUGUUGAUCAAUCAACCCGAUUUGGGCAGAUACGCCACGACCCCCAGUGCCGCCAUUAUUCCUCAGGCUAUCAGUCUUUGGGUUGGUAACAUGAUCGUUACCGCUCUUGGUCUUUCCGCCGGAGCUGCGUCUUAUCAAAUCUGGGGUGUCCACUCGUGGAACGUAUGGGGUAUCUGUGAACUCAUCCUCGAAAACAACGUCACCUCGGCCUGGCGUGCUGGUAUCUUCAUCUUCGCCCUCGUUCAAAUCUGGGCCACCAUCGGUACCAACUUGUUCGCCAACAACAUUCCUUCUGCUUGUGACUUUUCUUCUCUCUGGCCUACCAAGUUGAACAUCGUCCGUGCGCAAGUCGGUCUCAUGAUCUUCUCUUGGGUCGUACAACCUUGGUCUAUCAUCACCACCGGUGUUAAAUUCGUCAUCUUCCUCAACUCUUACACUUUCUUCUGUGGUGCUAUGAUUGCUAUCCUCCUCGCCGAUUACUUCAUCGUCCGUAAGGGUAACAUUCACGUUCCUUCCCUUUUCGCCGCGACAGGAAGCAAACUCCACACCGAUGGUAUUUACUACUUCAAACCAUGGGGUUGUAACCUUGUCGGUCUCGUAGCUUGGCUUGUCGGUAUCGCCAUUCCCCUUCCUGGUCUCGUUGCCAGUUACCUUACCAACAUCAGUCCUACCAUGCACACCAUGGUCAACAUUUACAACUCUGGUUUCCUUAUCGCCUUCGGUGUCUCAGGAGCCGUCUACCUCGUCGGAAUGCACUUCUUCAAACCACCUAUCGUUCCUUAUGGUCGCGAAGGAGAAUUCGAUGGUACUUUCGAAAGUCUUGGAAAAACAGAUGGUUAUCUUCCUGGUGAUGCUCUCAUAACUUAUGGUCGUCACUCCAAAUACGACUCUUACGACCCUCGUGCUUCCAUCGGUGGUCACCCUCAUGAAUCUGAAGGUUCAUCCCCAGUGGACGAAGAGAAGAAAUUACCUUCGGACGCUUACGUUUACGAAGUUCCUGUUCAAGGUCAUCGCGAUUAA